UUUAUCCGCAGAGGGAGUGCGAGCCGUUUGUUUUCGAAGCUGACAGCAAUGGCGGAUACAGGGGUCCAGAAGGAGCACGGCACUCUGGUAGAGGUGCCCUGCGAUGACGACGACGUCGCCCUUGUGGGCGCCGCCGCGGAGCCUGCGGUGGACGGCGGCAACCCCGCAGAGGAGGUCAAGAGCGAAGCCCAGAUGAACGGCGUCCUGGUCCUGGCCCUGCUUGACAAGAUCAUCGGCGUGGUGGACCAGAUCCAGCAGACCCAGGCUGGGCUGGAGGGCCGGCAGGAGGCCAUGGAGAAGUCGGUGUCCACCAUCCAGGGGGAGCUGUCCAAGCUGUCCAAGAGCCACCUGAGCACAUCCACCACCGUCAACAAGAUGCUGGACAAGGUCCGCAAAGUCAGCGUCAACAUCAAGACGGUUCGCAGCAACCUGGAGAAGCAGGCGGGCCAGAUCAAGAAGCUGGAGAGCAACGAGAGCGAGCUGCUCAAAAGACGCAACUUCAAAGUCCUCAUCUACCAGGACCAAAUGAAGGCCGCAAAGACAGCCAAGCCAGCAGAGGCAGUUGCUGAGGAUGGGACGAUGGAGGGUCUCCAGCAAAUACCCGAAGAGGGCGGUGAGGGCGAGGGCCAGCCGGCCAACCUCAACUCGGACGAGGAGGUGGAGAUCGAGGAGAUCGUGGAGGAGUCCCGAACCAAGCGCCUGCAGCGAUCCACCAAGAGGCAAGUGGACAGCAUCAAGAAGGCCUUCUCCAAAGAGAAGAUGGAGAAGACCAAGCUGAAGACCAAGGAGAACCUGGAAAAGACCAGGCAGAGGACCCGCGAGAACUUGGAGAAGACCAGGCAGAAAACCCGCGACAACCUGGAGAAGACCAAGCACAGCCUCGAGAAGAAGAUGAGCAAACUGGGCACCCGCAUGACCCCGAACAUGGAACGCCGGGUCAAGAUGAAGACCUCCAAGGAGAAGGUGAAGAAGUCCCUCACGCCCGAUCACCCCGUCUACGCCCGCUCUAAGACCAGCGUUUACCGCGUGCCCCCUUUCACCUUCUACGUCAAGAAGAUACGCGAGGGCGCCGAGGAGGUGGCGGUGGUGGACCACUCCGAGAUAGCCGAGGCGACGGAGCCGGGGGGCCUGCCCGAGGGCGAGGAGAACGGGCUGGGCGUGCACGUGGAUGUGGAGGAGGGGGAGCUGGUAAGCGUAGAUAGCCCGGAGGCAAUGGUGAAGGACCCUCAGCUGGUCAGGGUGGAGGCGGACCACCUCGAGAAGACCCAGCGUGACUAGAGAGUCCAUCCCAAUAAAAGGCACAGGAAACACGGAAUCUCCAUGAGGACACAUCAAUUACCAUGAGUUCUCGAUGCAAAUAUUUCACAUCUGGUCCAUUCUUAUUCUUAUUCUUUUUUUUUAUUUUUAUUUUUUUUAUUAUCCAAAAGCUUUUCAUAGUCACUUAGCUACAUUUAAAGGAAAACUACGCAAAUGCUAACAGGAUAUUAAUGCUAAUAGGCUACACCUUUUUACACAGAACUGGUUUGUGCAUUUCGCUUGUUCAUUUUAUGAAAGGAGUGCCAACUCGGAAGAUAAAAAGGUAUAAAUAUUUCUUUGUUGUUGUAAUGUCCAUCCAUCCAUCCAUUUUCUGAGCCGCUUAUCCUCACAAGGGUCGCGGACGCGCUGGAGCCUAUCCCAGCUAUCAUCGGGCAGGAGGCGGGGUCCACCCUGAACCGGUUGCCAGCCAAUCUCAGGGCACAAAUAAACAAACAACCAUUCGCACCCACAUUCACAACAAUGGGCAAUUUAGAGUCUUCAAUUAACCUACCAUGCAUGCUUUUGGGAUGUGGGAGGAAACCGUAGUGCCCAAAGAAAACGCAAGUACGGGGAGACCAUGCAAACUCCACACAGGCGGGGCUGGGGAUUGAACCCCGGUCCUCGGAACCAUGACACACAACAUGCACAUAGAGUUGUGAGGGUAGCGGGAAGUCGCUGGGAAGGUUUCAGGGUAGGUUUCUGGGCGCUCCUGUGGUCACAAGUGGGAAAAUUGUAUUGGUAAAAAAAGAAAACACAAGUCGCAUAACAUUGUAAGAAUUCUCAUGCGGUAAAAGAUAAAGAAAUACAAACAAAUAAUAAGAUGAUGUCAGGGAUAGGCAUUUGAUUAAAUUACCUUGAGUGACUUUGGGAUAAAAUUAAGUGGUAUAGUUGAAGAGGCUGGAUGUUCUUAAAAUUGUUUUCCAUGUCAGUUUUGUACUGAGCAGAAUAUGUGGUGGAAAUAAAAAGUCUACACACCCCUGUUCAAAUGUCAGGUUUUAGUGAUAUAAACAUGAGACCAAGAUACCAUUUAAAAACUUUUUUCCACCAAUAAUUUGGCCUAUAAUUUGAACAAUUCAAUAAAAAAAUAUUAAAAUAAAUAAAUAAAUUCUUUGAAGAGGUGACGUCCAAAUAAUAACUGAAAUAAUAAUGUUGCGCAAGUUUGCACACCCUCUUAUAGCUGGGCUGUGGCUGUGGUCACAAUUGUCCAAUCAAAUUUACUUGCUUUAUUUUUAUUUUUACUUUAUUUGCUCAUGAGAGCCAGCACACACCUGCCACCAUGUGAGGUGCCUCUGAUUAACGCCAAAUAAACGGCAGAUGUUCUAGUAGGCUUUUACUGACAUUUUUGCAGUCACAGCUUACAGUACAAGUCAUGGUCUUGACAGCUUCGGGGAGAUUUCAUUGUUCAAAGGUCUUCAAAGGCAUUAAAUAUACCAUGGAACACAAUGAAGACAAUCAUCAAUAGGAGGAGAAGAUAUCGCACAACAGUGUUAACAGUGUGGCGCGAUAGUGGGCAGAAGUACACAACGGCUCACUCCCAGACACAUUUUCAGAAAUAAAAUAAAAGGUUGUACUUUAUGGGUGGGCAGGCGACCCGACCCUUUGUAUACAAACUAUUAGAAAGUCAAUUUUACGUCCCCUUUUUAAUGCUCAAUUAAUAUAUUAUUAUGCCCAUCUCUUUUAUAAGAAGCUGUCCUUUCCACAAUGUGCAAACUUGUCUAAAUGGGUAGAUGAAAUGGCCACACUGAAAAAAAAAACAAUCUUUCUUUAAUUGCAUUGAUUUGUACAUUAAAAAUAAAUAUAAUGUGGAGGACCCAAACUAGGUUGCCAUUAUUGGGGUGUAAUUACUGUGAACGUGCGGCAAACAGGCAAUGUUCCGGCGUCCACUUUGCAAUACCCACACGUAUACACACUGCAUCCAUUUUCUUUCCCUGGAGACUGUUGUGUGUGACCUUCACCAUCAAGACUUGAUUGUGUGCUAGGGUUGGUCACAAGGGCACUUUGUAGCACAGGAGGCUAUUCAAACCAUCAAUGAGGUGCAGAAUUCAAUUAAGGAGAGUGCUCCCUCCCAUUGAGCAGCGGGCAGAGUGGGGAACAGAACAGAACGGAACAACAAGAACUACAAGAAAUGUAAGCGUGUGUGUGUGUGUGUGUGUGUGUGCUUGUGUGACGGUAAUAAGUGUAAUGGAAUACAGUAGACCCUAAAUUGCACCAUUAAGUACAGUAUAGGAUCAGAAAAGGGCUCCUAUAGAUUUUUGCAUUACGAUAAAAUAAUUACAGUCUGACGUUUGUAUGGCAUUGUUUAGUGAAUCAAACAUGAAUGCACGUGUAAAAUAUAGUAUCAUAUUAAGAAAAUGCACAAAGUGCUGUAAGUACUGUACACUAAGUAUUCUUUUUCUGAGGUGUUACCCACACCUGGU